AUGCCAGCUACGGCGAUCAAGCGAGUUGCCGUCAUUGGGGCUGGCCCAGCCGGCGCAAUCACGGUAGAUGCUCUCGCAAAGGAGAAUGUGUUCGAUCUAAUCCGUGUUUUUGAGCGGAGAGAACGUCCCGGAGGAUGUUGGGUGGGCGACACUUCACCACCACCAACGAUAUCAGACGUCAAAUCUUUGGCGGACAGAACGGCGGAUGCUCCAAUUGGGAUUCCUGACAAAGUGCCUGCCUCUACGGCGAAGUCUGAUCGCCCGCGCUUCACCGAGUCGUCUGUCUAUCCGUAUCUCGAAACCAAUAUUAGCCAUCUGCCUAUGGAAUUCUCUCAGGAGCCCUUCCCCGUGGAAAUAAGUGAGCGUUCAAAGGCACUGUAUGGCAAGGCGUCUCCCUUCCGGCAUUGGGAAGUUGUGAGGCGUUAUAUUACAAGUUUGUAUGAGCGCAACGGCUACGAAGACUGGGUGUCGUUCAACACCACGGUCGAGAGAGUGGAAAAGAUUGGUUCCGAGUGGAAGAUAACUCUUCGUAAGGAGGGCAAACAAAGUGAUUACUGGUGGGUAGAGUGGUUUGAUGCGGUUCUUGUAGCGAGCGGGCAUUACUCUGUGCCUUAUAUUCCUGAUAUCGAGGGAUUGGAACAGUUUGAAAAGGCGCGGCCGGGUAGUGUGCUUCACAGCAAGCACUUCCGCGGAAAAGACAAGUUCAAGAACAAGCGAGUCGUAGUAGUAGGAGCAUCCGUCUCAGCUGCAGACAUAGCAUUCGACCUCACCGACACAGCAACAACACCAAUCCACGCCAUCAACAUUGGCCACAGCCUCAACGGCUACUUUGGCGGCGAGGCAUUCAACCAUCCCAAGAUUGAAAAGCUACCGUCCAUAGCACGCAUCAGCCCAGACCGCACAGUACACCUCAUCAACGGCACGACCAUCCCCAACGUCGACUACAUCAUUUUCGGCACUGGAUACAGCUGGACGCUCCCCUUUCUACCUCAGGUUCCAGUACGGAAUAACCGAGUCCCCGACCUGUGGCAGCAUAUUGUCUGGCAGCAUGACCCGACGCUGCUCUUUGUUGGUGCUGUUCACGCAGGGCUGACGUUCAAGGUCUUUGAGUGGCAGGCCGUUUACGCGGCUAGACUGUUGGCAAAUAGGGCGGCGAAGCUACCUAGUCUAUUGGAGAUGCGGCAGUGGGAAGAGGAUAGGAUUAGCAAGCGUGGAGAUGGGGCCAAGUUUUCGCUUGUGUUUCCUGACUUUGAGGACUACUUUGAGACGCUGAGGGGGUUGGCGGGUGAGUGUGAGGAUGGGGGCAGGAAACUUCCCCGGUUUAGGAGGGAGUGGUUUAGGGAGUUUUUGAACGGUCAUGAGUUGAGGAGGAAUAUGUGGAGGAGGAUUAAUAACGAGGCUAGGGGGGGAGUGGUGAAGGCACGGAUUUGA